AUGUCAGAUAUAACGAUCACUGUCAAAUCAUCAGGUGAUAAGAAAUAUGAAAUAUCUUUCAAUCCUUCAAUUACAAUACUAGAUUUAAAAAAUAAAAUUGAAGAAAAAUCAUCAAUUCCUUCAUCAAGUCAAAGAUUAAUUUAUUCAGGUAAAGUUUUAAAAGAUGAUCAAACUGCUGAAUCUUAUAAGAUUCAAAAUGGUCAUACUAUUCAUUUAGUUAAAAGUGCUAAUGCUUCAACAUCAUCUUCAUCUUCUACACCUGCAGCUAAUUCUUCAACUACUUCCACCACUAAUCAAAAUCAAACUUCAUCUCAGCAAUCUCAGCCAUCUGUUCCUUCAAAUAUAGCUGCAGGUCAAGGAUCAUUUAAUCCAUUAGCAGAUUUAACUGGUGCACGUUAUGCAGGAUAUACUCAAUUACCUUCUGCUUCAAUGUUUGGACCAGAUGGAGGAAUGAAUUCAAAUUUACCAGAUCCUGAACAAUUAAAUUCAAUGUUAUCAAAUCCAAUGUUUCAAGAACAAAUGAAUUCAAUGUUAUCAAAUCCUCAAAUGUUAGAUUUUUUAAUUCAACAAAAUCCUCAAUUAAGAUCAAUGGGUCCACAAGUUAGAGAAAUGAUGCAAAGUCCAAUGUUUAGACAAAUGUUAAGUAAUCCUGAAAUGUUAAGAUCUAUGAUGCAAAUGCAACAAGGUGGUGCUGGUGCAGGUGAAUUUGGUAAUAUUUUUGGUGGAGGUGCUGGUGCAGGUGCUUCUUCAUUCCCUGCUCCUGGUGCAAAUCCAACAACUGAAAAUAUUACAAAUAAUGAAGAGAAUAAUUCAACUGCUCAAACUAAUAAUAGUCAACAAACAACUAAUCCGGCAACUAAUCCAGCUGCUAAUCCAUUUGCUGGAUUAUUUGGAGGAAUGCCACCAAUUGAUCCCUCUGUGUUAUUUGGUGGUGCCGGUGCUGGUGCUGGUGCUGGUGCUCAAACAACUCCACAAGAUAAUAGACCACCAGAAGAAAGAUAUGAACAACAAUUAAGACAAUUAAAUGAUAUGGGAUUUUAUGAUUUUGAUAGAAAUGUUGAAGCUUUAAGACGUACUGGUGGAAGUGUACAAGGAGCAAUUGAAUAUCUACUAUCACAUGUUUGA